AUGUGGUAUUCAUAUUUUAUAUUUGUUUGUUUCUUUUUAGAAAAGGGCAGCAGUCAACAAUUAAAAAUAAUACAUGGAGCACCUGUUAUUGCUCCCUAUCAGGCAGAAAUUUCAAUUCAGGAUGGAAGGAAUGAAAAACGUUGUGGCGGAUCAUUAAUUAAAAAAAAAUACGUUCUUACUGCAGCUCAUUGCUUCGAUGGACGAAAUGAAAAUACAGUAGUAGCAGUUGUUCUUGGCACAAACAAUUUGUCUAGUAAUGAUGGUCAAUGGAUGGAAAUUCUUUCAGAUGAUAUUAUCAUACAUAAAAACUAUAGUAAUUCUGGUUUAGAGAAUGAUAUUGCAUUAAUCCGUCUUAGUACAGAUGCAGACCUAAAUGAUUAUAUCCAACUUAUUAAUUUACAAAGAGAAGACGCCCAUUUGAGUGGAAAAACCGUCCUGGCGACUGGAUUUGGAUUAAUAAACGAUUCCGAAGAAAUUAGCGACUUGUUACUUGGUGUGAAUUUAACAUUAAUACCAAACAAUUUGUGUUCUAUUGGAUAUAAAAACAUUUUUGACACUCAAAUUUGUACCCUGGGUAAGGACGACAAGAGUCCCUGUCGUGGAGAUAGCGGAGGUCCUUUGGUUGACGUAGAAACUGGAUUACAGGUAGGAAUUAUUUCAUAUGGAACAAAAUACUGUGAAAUUGGAUGGCCUACUGUAAACAUAAGAGUUUCAAAAUAUAUAGAAUGGAUAGAAACAUCUGCAAUAGAAAAAACACAACUUUAA